AUGGCUAUGAAGACGGGCCUUCCGCCUUACUCAUCCGAUGCGACACCACUUUUGUUGUUGUUGCGCGUCCACCCAGAGCACAUAGCACAGAGUAUCACCCUCACUCUGGCCCUCACCCUCACCUACCCAUUCACCUCUUCGGCCGCCAGCCGUCGAGUCGUCCCAAACGACAAGCACAAAAGCAGGGCACCGUGCAGCAAAUACGAGCCUAGCGCCCACUCACGGCUGGCUUGGGCUUAUCCUCGCUCUUCGCCAACAGUCCCCCUCAACACCUUUUCCGACCCGAGAGUUCCGCCACUUCUAUCACAUCUCUUCGCCCCGAUAGUACCCCACGAUCGUAGACACGUGCUUCAGGCCGUCUGGCGCACUUUACAGGAGAGGGGGCCACCGUCAGCCAAUCACCGCAGCCCUCGGCCGGAGACAGAGAGAAAGGAACAUGAAGCGGCGAGCCUCGACGAGAUGAUGGCAGUCAUGACAACGCGCAUUGGCGCCCAAAUCCCGUCGGCGAAGAGGCAAUCCCAUCUGCCCUUCAUAGACCUUUCACAACGGCCGCUGCGAUCGAGACGGAAAAGGCGCAUAAUGCCAUCACUGCGCCUGCUUCCGACUUUCUUGUUGCUCUGCAUAAUCGCAUCAUGGCUUCCACUCGCAACGGCCGUGUUUGUCGACUUUGAGGACUGCUUACAAAAGGUCUACCUGCGCGACGAGGCCCGAUCGCCGUACCUGCAAUUUACCCCAAUGUAUGUGUGGGCAACGUUUGACACGAUCAAUCCAACCCACAGGCUGAACGUCACCGUAUAUGGUAACGUCAGCGGUCAAGCGCAAUUCGGCCAGUUGCCCGGCCCAACUGAUGCAAGAUGGUCCGAUCCAAACAACACUUUUGGAAAGAUCGUGGACCUAGACCAGCAAAACAACAAAUACACAACGCUGUUUUGGAAUAACAAGGUUCUCACAUACUCUGCAUAUGGAUCGCCACCAGACCAGUUCUGCCGGUCCGUGAUCAAUGGUUCGUGCCCACUUGCGCCCGUUUUCCCUGAGAAUGGGGCCAAUGCAAGCGAUCCAUAUACGCUACCGGCGAUCAGCGUGGGACAUGACUUUGACAGCACGUAUUCCUUUGCGACCUUGGCAUCGACUAUACGGGUAAUUUCUGGCAAUGCUGAUCGUACCACACUGGCUUGCGUUUCUGCCAACAUUACUCCAGACUUGGGCAAGAAGUUGUCCGACACGCUCAGUUACUUACCCGCUGCUGUGCUCGCGCUCGUGGCCGUGACCACCAUCUUCGCAGCGACGUGCAGUCCUUGGGGUACCACCAAUGUGUUCCGCUGGACCAGUAAUUAUGGCCGAGAUGAGGACUUGCUACGUUUGGUCACACCUGGCUUCGGUGACUGCCUACAAUACAUUCAAUUCGCCGUGCUAGCAGGUAGCCUCAGUCUAAAUUACCCUGGCUUUUUCCAGCCUGUGGUCAGUCAGGCCAGUUGGUCGGCCCUCUUGUUCAACCAGAGCUUUGUCAGCCAUGGGAACGGCUAUCAAAGUCUCGUCGAUGGCAUUUACUCCACCAACGGAACUUACGGGAUGACGCGACUGGGACAAUACGUCGGAAUGACUCGAGAACGCGAUAUUUGGGCAUGUAUGGCCGUCUUCCUCGUCGUAUUGAUCAUCAUCGUCGUUCUACUCAUCCAGCUCGGUUUCCUCGCCCGAUGGGUCCAACGAUACGUCACCAAAACUCAGGAUGGUGAUUUGACGGGGAAGAACUGGUCCUUCACCGCCGGAUGCAUCGUCCGGGUUGUGUUUAAUUAUUUCAUGCUGCCCAUCAUCGCUAUAUCACUCUUCCAGCUUGUUGUCGGUCCUCGUUCGCCAGCUUCGGUCGUCGCUCCGGCCGUGAUUCUCCUGCUACUCGUUGCAGGUUUUGCUACGUGGAUCUUUUGGUUCAUAUUCACGACUCGUCCUCGAGCCCAUCUUUUUGACGACCUCCCAACAGUCUUGACGUAUGGGCCUCUCUACAACACCUACUCAGACGAUGCCGCGCCAUUCGCCUUCAUUCCUGUAUUGCUUACUGUUAUACGUGGCAUUGCCAUUGGCGCUAUGCAGCCCUCUGGAAUUGCCCAAAUUAUCAUUCUCGCUAUAUGCGAAGUAAUCUUAAUCCUAACUCUACACGCGUUCCGACCCUUCCAGUCUAAUACUUCCAUGAACGCCUACCAUACCUUUUUCUCUGCCAUCCGGCUGUCCACUGUCCUGCUCAUGGUCGCAUUUGCACCCUCUCUCAAAGUCUCUGAAGACUCCAAAGGAUGGAUCGGCUACGCCAUUUUACUACUGCACGCCAUCGUUUUAGUAUUUGGGUUCUUCCUCAACUCACUGCAAACAGUCAUUGAAAUAGCUGCCAGACUGGGCGGUGUAGGUGCAGAUCAAAGAGGUGGUCUUACGACAGUCUUUGGAAAACGUCAACUAUCGAAGCGUCAUCGAAACGUGCAAAGAGGAAAGCGAGGCAGCCUAGGAUCGAACGCUGCUAUGCUUCAAGAUGAGAACAAACAUAUACAGCUCAUGGAUAGUCGCUCACGCAGUAUGUCUGCGAGUUCUGGUAUACUCUUGAAUGGCCCGUACGAUCGCGACAGUCAGCGUGCCAGUGUCGGAUUCGAAGAAUUCAGUCAGGGUGGCUACGGCAAUCACAGUCCCGGCACGCCAGGAAUCAAUGCAACACCCUUUACCUUCCUCGGAAGUGGAUCUGCCUCAAGCUCGCGGCGACCAACGAUGGGUACAGGGCUGGAUGCCUCGGAUCCCUACUACCGACCUCCUCGUCCACGCAAGGAAACAAUGGAUUCUGUUAAGCCGGGAUCGCAGGGCAAGGAGCCACUCCGGCCAGCCGUUACUACUGAUGCACCCUAUUCAGACGAUGUCGACACUGCCUAUCAUGGCGCGGCUGCUGGUGAAAGCAUACCUCGCGGCUCUGGCACUCCGGCCCCUGCUUAUCUACGAUUGAAUAGGGAGGAUUCCGAUUCGAACCUCGAGCGACGAAACAAUACAGACUACUCUGUGCGAGAGUCGGACUUUUACUAUGGGCUCCGUGGACCUGCCUUGUCAUCACAGCCUACCCGGAAACUCAAAACUGGACCUGCUGAUCCGAUGAGCCCAGUAUCGUCUGCUACAGGCUGGAUCAAACGUCUUAACCUUUUGGGUGGCCGCAAAAAGGAGAAGAGUAAGGGGUUUGAGGUGGUUCGCAGCACGCGUAUGCCUCCUCAGAUGAUGGCUGUCGAAGAGGAAGAAUCUCCAGAGGAGGCACGCGAACCCUAUCGUGAUAGCCCAGACUCACCACCGCGCACAGAGAAAGUUGCAGGGACCACGCCACCGCGCGCUCCACCUGCGAUAGAUACUUCGGCUCGGUCUCAACACGUCAGUGAUACAUCGCCUCGCUCGCAGCAUGUCUCAGAAACGUCACCUCGCUCACAGCAUUCGGUUGGUGUGGCGUCUGCGGGCGUUCUAUCUGGUCGCUCCAGAAGACCGUCGGAUAGUGAUUCUUACUCGAGUGAGGAAGACUACAUGCCCGUUAAUCGGAUCUCAGCCAUUGCGCCAACACUGGGCCAGCUUGAGCUUGGUGGUGGGAUUGAGCUACCCAGUCGAAUUGGGUCGCGGGCAUCUCGCGCAACGCAGCAAGGCCCACCAAGCCGGACACCAACGAUACCACGGAAGAAUUCGCGACGAACGCAGUCGACCGAGAAUGCAGCCAUACCUGGCCAGCUUCCGACGGUAAUGGAUGGAUCCGCGCCCGGGACCUCACUGUUGGACACUGGUGGGGGGAGCCAACAUUUACAACCGGGUGGGCGUAUCCGCCUUCCCUUUGGAUCCGAACCGUCGCCGUCGCCUGAGCGUUCUCCUGGCCACUCUGCAGCAUCGAGCAUAUACCGCAACAACGGCAUGGAGGAAACAGGCGGGCCUUUUGCGCCGCCACCGACGAUACGCGGAGAAGCAGAUCGGCCACUUAGCACAGGCUACGUACAGCAACAUGUGAUGAAGGACAGCCUGCAUCGCGACGUGUAUGAUGCCGGCAGCCAUCUCGAAGCGUCGGCCGAGUUUGUGGACCGCAGUCGCAGCGGAAGUACGAACCGAAGUGGGCGAAGCGAUAUGAGAUGA